AUGUUUAACCUAGGAGUUCAGGUCAUCAACGGCCAAAAGACCUUUAUACCACUAGAAAACAACCCAGAGGUUCAUACGCAUCUAUGUAAGAACCUCGGAGUAUCCCCGAGCCUCACCUUCCAUGAUAUCCUCUCCACCACCCCAGAAAUGCUCUCCCGGAUCCCACGACCUGUAAACGCCCUCAUCCUCCUCUGUGACAAACCCAUCUACCUUGCCGUGCGUUCUGGCGUCGAACACAGCAUACCCGAGUAUCUCGGGAGCGGGGCCGAUGAGCCUGUACUGUGGAUGAAGCAGACGAUUGGACAUGCGUGUGGGCUGAUGGCAUUAUUACAUGUGGUUGUCAACCUGGAGAAUGGGAAAUAUGUCACGGCUGGAUCAGAGCUAGAGAAGAUUGUGAAACUUGCGGUUGAGUUGGGGCCGGUGGAGAGGGCACGGCUCUUUAAUAACACAAUGACUACAAUCCUCAUCACAGGUGCCAUAGGCAAACAAGGAGGUUCUGUAAUUGAGAACCUCCCAGAGAGAAAAAAAAAAAAAAAAGCUCCUUUCAAGAUCCUCGCCGUGACUCGUAACCCCGAUUCCACUGCGGCGAAGAAGUUCGCUCAAAAGUCAUCCAAUAUCACAUUAAUCCAAGGUAACCUUGAAGACCCAGCUGCCAUCUUCAAGAAUGUAAAAUAUCAAACCUCAACCCGGGUUUGGGCCAUAUUUAGUGUCCAGACUGCCAAUCCCAAAAAUGCAAAUGAUGAUGAAAGACGUCAAGAAAUUGAUCUUAUAGACGAGUCCAUUAAACAAGGCGUCAAAUACUUCGAGUAUAGCUCUGUCGACCGUGGCGGCGAGAGAUUAGACUAA